CAAUGGGAACAAAAUAAAUGUCAGUGUUUUGCUGAAAGGUUAUAUUAGCAUUGCUUUCAGCUUCCUAACUGUACUUGUUUACUUAACAAACAGAAGCGCGACGUUGAUGGCUCUGAGACAAGUGAACCCGUUGGAUUUAUUGAUGUUUACCAGGAAUUCAAUGAGAAGAUUGCGACAAAACAUAAAAUCAUGAAGUUCAUCUCCAGGAAAGUUCAAAAGGCUUAUGCUUUUGAGAUUCAAGAUGUUCCUGUCAUGUCAGAGUACCUGGAAGUCAGAUAUUCAGCGGAUUCUCCCCAGUUACCAUCUGACUUGUCUGGAGAGACUUUCAGCCAUGUGUUUGGCACUAACACAUCUAGUCUUGAGCUCCUUCUCCUUAGUCGUAAGAUGAAAGGUCCUUGUUGGCUCACUAUCAAGUUUCCUCAACUUCCUCAACAUCCAGUCAGUUGGUGUAAAGUAGAGGUUAGUGUUCUUCUUUUGUACAGUUUGGCAAACAUAUCUGUGCUAAGUUUUUAAAGUGUCAAGCAUUUU